AUGCUGAAUUUAAUCCAGCUGAUAUUUAUGUUCUUUUUGACCAACAUUAGCGCAACUGAUGCAGAGAAACUUUUCCAUAAUCGGGAUCAUUCUGAUACACAGACACUUAAUUCUCACAAAGCUCAGGCUAUAACAGACAAGUACACAGCUGAGUUAUUUCUCUCUAGAUAUGGAUUCAUCAAGCCAGUUAACUGGGAGGAGGUUCGGUUUGAGGAUUCAGACACCUCUUUCAGUGGUGACUUCCUCGACGAUCUUCAAGCCACAAUCCAGGAGGGAACCUCAGCGUCUUACUCGAGGGCUGCUCAUCGAGCUGGUGAUCAGCAGGGCUAUAACCGUCAAAAUGAGAACCAAGCCUUUAUUUCAGCACUUAAAGAGUUUCAGAGGGUUUCAGGUCUGCCUGUUACAGGGGUGUUUGAUGAGGCCACCAAGUUAGCAAUGAACAAACCAAGGUGUGGAGUCCCUGAUAAAGAGACUGCCAUUUCCAAUGACACCAGCAUGAAUUAUACAACGGAGCUUUUAAAGAUCACUUCCCUAAACAGCUCGCACGACAGCAGACCGGGCAGCCAAACGGGGAAUAUCAGUGCGAACGCGCAUCCGAGUGAAGCAGUGAGACGCAAGAAGGAACCUCUCGCAAGUCUCAUAUCCAAAAGCAGGCGGAAGAGAGAUUUGACUCCAACUGGCCACAUGGCUUUUUCCAAGAAGGUGUUAAACUGGAGGCUGAUAGGAGAAGGCUACAGCAGCCAGCUGACUAUUGACGACCAGAGAUACAUCUUCAGACUGGCUUUCAGGAUGUGGAGUGAGGUGUCGCCACUGGAAUUUGUGGAGGAUACACAUGCCCCAUUGGAGGAUGUUGACAUCAGGCUGGGAUUUGGUACAGGAAGGCAUCUGGGAUGUAAUCAGAAGUUCGAUGGCACUGGUCAAGAAUUUGCCCAUGCUUGGUUCCUGGGUGAUAUACACUUUGAUGAUGAUGAGCACUUCACAACUCCCAAUGUUGGCAGUGGAAUCAGCCUUCUCAAAGUAGCAGUUCAUGAGAUUGGCCAUGUUUUGGGUCUACCUCACAUAUAUAGACCCGGAUCCAUAAUGCAGCCCAGCUAUCUACCGCAGGAGUCCAGCUUUGAAAUGGACUGGAUGGACAGAAAAGCUAUACAGCAACUCUAUGGAGGCUGUAAAGGUCGGUUCAACACGGUGUUUGAUUGGAUCAGAAAGGAGAAGACACCCUAUGGGGAGGUGGUGAUCCGCUUUAACACCUAUUUCAUGAGAGAUGGCUGGUACUGGCUGUAUGAGAACAGAAAUAAUAGAACGCGUUAUGGUGAUCCAGUUCCGCUGCAAACUGGCUGGCAUGGGAUCCCAAUGGAUGGAGUAGAUGCACAUGUCCAUGUCUGGUCCAGGAGAAGAGAUGCUGUAUAUUUCUUCAGAGGUACUCAGUUCUGGAGGUAUGAUAGUGAGAACGACCAGGUGUUUGGACAAGACUCUGAAGGCCACCAUUAUCCGAGGUUAAUCUCUGAAGGAUUCCCAGGGGUGCCAAGUCCUAUUGACACAGCCUUUUAUGACAGGAGGGACUCCCACAUCUACUUCUUUAAAAACAAUCUUGUGUAUGCAUUCAGCAUGGAAGCCAACAACUUGGCAAGAGGGUUCCCAAAAAACAUCAGAGACAUUUUCCCUCCUGUGGUGAACACAGACCAUCCAGAUGGCAACAUUGACGCUGCCUACUUCUCCUACACUCACAAUGCCAUCUUUCUACUCAAGGGCAUACGCUUCUGGCAAGUAGUGGGCAGUCGUGAUCGCUGGCGACGGCCCUUUCUGCCACGAAAUGGCCUGCUGCCACAUAAGGAGGUGGAUCAGCAUUGGUUUGAUAUCUGCAAUGUUCAUCCCACUGCACUCAAACUAACCCGCUGA